UAAUAUUUAAUAUAUAAAACGAAUGCUCAUUUACAGGUGACCCGUUAGCCAACAAGGAUGUGCCAGUCAAAGCAAAACCAGUGUUGGAGUUUACUCAGGAAACAGAACAAACAUUCAUAGAUAUGAAUGUCGAAGGGGAAACAUUAGAUAAAAAUAAUGUGUUUGGCGAAACAGCACCAGUCCUGGAGAGAAAACAGGAGACCCCCAAGACAUUGAUAGAUCUGGAUGUUGCAGGAAAACAUAUCUCGAUUCAGAAAAGACUGGGUGACUUGGAGGCUUUUGCCGAACAAACGAAUGGUGAAAAGAAACCUUGUCCUCUGUGUCCAGAAGAAAGGUUCAGGGCCUGCCAUAUCAAUAAGCUCUUUAAACACCUAACAAAUUUGCACUGGAAAGUGUCAGUUGAAUUUGAAGGGUACAGAAUGUGUAUAUGUUGCUUACCCUGCCUGGAACUGAAUGCAGUUCAAAAUGACGACGAGUUGCCUGGUAAGGUUGGGGCACAUUAUCACUGCAUCAUCUGCUCUGCUCUUGUUGCUAGAAGACGAUCUGAAAUGAUAAGUCACAUUAAACGACAUGUUAACAAAGGAGAAACAGAAGUAAAAGUAUCAUCUGGCAGGUUGCAAGAAAUUUUCCACGAGUCAAACGCUGAUGUCCAAGUUCUUCCUAAUUCCAAGACGCCACAAAAAUCGGGAACAUUUUUCAACCCAAAAAUGAAAACUAACCGGCAGCUAAUAUUCUGUGCUUUGGCAGUACUUGCUGAAGAGAGAAAACCACUGGAGUGCCUCGAUGCAUUUGGUUCAACAGGCAUCAUGGGUUUACAGUGGGCAAAACAUCUUGGGAAUUCAGUGAAAGUCACAAUCAAUGAUAUAAGUGACAGUUCAGUAGCAAUGAUUCGUGAAAACUGUUGUCUCAACAAGAUGAAAGUGUUGAUGAAGAGGGAAGAGGAAGCUGAAGAGAAGCCAGAAUCAUUAGAAGAGGGGGAGGAAUAUCUGGGGGCUGUAGAAGUGACCCAAUCAGAUGCUAACGUCUUGAUGCAUCUCCGAUCAUUUGACUUCAUACACCUCGAUCCUUUCGGGACAUCUGUGAAUUACCUAGAUGCAGCUUUUCGAAACGUCAGGAAUAUGGGGAUUGUAUCUGUGACCUCAACUGACACUGGAUCUCUGUACGCUAAAAAUCUGCAUGUAGCAAAGCGUCAUUAUGGAUGCAAUAUUAUUAGAACCGAAUACUUCAAAGAGCUGGCUGCAAGAAUUAUUUUGUGCUCGAUUGCCAGAGCGGCUGCUCGUUGUAACAAAGGAAUUGAGGUCCUGUUUUCUGUAGCUGUGGAACAUUUUGUCCUAGUCGUCGUCCGGGUUUUGAGAGGACCUGCUCAGGCUGAUGAAAGUUUAAAGAAGAUAAACAUGCUCAUCCACUGCCACUGGUGUGAAGAAAGAAUCUUUCAGAAAGAAGGAAACAUGGUAGAAGAAAAUCCUUACAACCAACUACCAUGCGAUUGUCAUAAGAGUAUGCCAGGAAGAUCCGCAGUUAUGUUGGGUCCGAUGUGGGCUGGAUCUCUGUAUAACUCUGGAUUCCUCAGGCGAAUGCUUUUUGAAUCUGUGCAACAUGGAGCCGAUGACAUCCAACCUUUAUUGAAGACUCUUGUUUGUGAGGGUGAAUGUACAAUAUUAAAACAAUUCACCAUACAGUCAAACCUCAGCAGUCAGGAAGAAAGCGGGGUGUUCAUCAAAAUUACAGAACCUUCUGCAGACAAUGUUAAAAGGAAACGUCAAGAUAUAAAUAUGUGUCACAUAUCCAAACGCUUCAAAAAUGAGGCCCGCAUAGAGCACCCCCCGUUUUAUUAUAGCAUUCACAGGCACACUAUCGGGGGAAUGAAUAUCCCAAAAUUGAACAAGAUCUUGCAAUAUCUGUCAGAAGCUGGCUUCCUAGUAAGCCGGACGCAUUUUGACCCCACGGGAAUUCGUACGAGUGCUCCUUUGUCCAUGCUAACAUCUAUUCUUCAGAAAUACAGUACUCUGUCAAGUACAUCUCAAGCAAGCAGCCACCCUGAUACCACAGAAAGUGCAGGAGAUGAGCCGGACACAGAAGAAACCUCCUCCGUUUCUGACUCAAAAUCCAUCUAAUGUUUUUCAUUUUUCCCCCACAAAAUGUUACGAUUUAUUCCUUGUUAAGGGUUUUAAUUACUAAACGGUGAGCGUAAACGUUUCAAAUUCCCAACUAAAUAGACCCAGAGGGUUUCUUCUGUAAGAACGGCUGAGUUGGUCUGACAUUUCAGAACUAUUUCAGUACAAACCAUGUCUUCUUUCAGUAGAAACGUUAUGGUUUUUAAGCCAUGCAGGUAUCAGGGUUGACAUAUUUCAUCCCAUCUACAAACACAUAGUUUAGUGCACAAACUCAUGCAUUUAUGAACACAAUAAAGUUGAUUUACGACC